GUUUUAGGUAUGGUCACCCUCUCUCCCUACUAAUCCUAUGGAAAAAGAAAAUCUGAGCAUGUUGGUGGCAUUAGGAACCAGAAAAUAAACCUGAUAUUUAUACUUUCUGGCUUAACCCAGGCCCACAUAACUUUUUUACCUGAUGGUGAAUUUGGCAAGACAGAUUUCCUGUCCGAACUGUAGCCUUUGAUGUGUUCUGCACAUGAAUCAGCUUCUUUGUAACCUAGGUUACCUUAAGAAUUUUAGGAAUUUCCCAUAUUGUUUCUCCAUAUGUGCCCAAGCCACUGCAUUUCCAAAGCAAUUUAUGGAGCUGGCUCAUGGGGGAGGUGAUGAUGAGCUCAGCCAUUGCUUUUCAUUCACUCAUUGAAAUGAACUGUAUGAAACUCCCUGUAUGCAGCCCCCAGGGGUGGUACCUAUGCCCUCUCUCCCAUGUUCAAGAAGUGACUGCUGUCCAAUUUCUUUGCAGGUUGGCUGGCUCCUCUGGCUGAUGGCAUGUUGAAGUACAUGGGCCAGCGGCAGCGAGGGUAUCCAAUCCAGAGGGGGCCACUUUAGAGGCCAGGCCAUCAGCACCAUGGGCCAGUGUGUCACCAAGUGCAAGAAUCCCUCAUCAACCUUGGGGAGUAAGAAUGGAGACCGGGACUCCAGCAGCAAAUCACACAGCAGGCGAGGUGCAGGCCACCGUGAGGAACAGGUGCCACCCUGUGGCAAGCCAGGUGGGGACAUCGUCGUCAAUGGGACCAAGAAGGCAGAGGCUGCCACUGAGGUCUGCCAGCUGCCAACGUCCUCGGGAGAUGCUGGGAGAGAGUCCAAGUCCAAUGCGGAGGAGUCUUCCCUGCAGAGGUUGGAAGAACUGUUUAGGCGCUACAAGGACGAGCGGGAGGAUGCAAUUUUGGAGGAAGGCAUGGAGCGCUUUUGCAAUGACUUAUGUGUUGACCCCACGGAAUUUAGAGUGCUGCUUUUGGCCUGGAAGUUCCAGGCUGCUACCAUGUGCAAAUUCACCAGGAAGGAGUUUUUCGAUGGCUGCAAGGCAAUAAGUGCAGACAGCAUUGAUGGUAUCUGUGCACGGUUCCCUAGCCUCUUAACAGAAGCCAAACAGGAGGAUAAAUUCAAGGAUCUCUACCGGUUUACAUUUCAGUUUGGCCUGGACUCCGAAGAAGGGCAGCGGUCGCUGCAUCGGGAAAUAGCCAUUGCCCUGUGGAAACUAGUCUUCACUCAGAACAACCCUCCAGUAUUGGACCAGUGGCUAAACUUCCUCACCGAGAACCCCUCGGGGAUCAAGGGCAUCUCCCGGGACACUUGGAACAUGUUCCUUAACUUCACUCAGGUGAUUGGCCCCGACCUCAGCAACUACAGUGAGGAUGAGGCCUGGCCAAGUCUCUUCGAUACCUUUGUGGAGUGGGAAAUGGAGCGGAGGAAAAGAGAAGGGGAAGGGAGAGGCGCGCUCAGCUCAGGGCCCGAGAGCUUGUGUCCCGGGGAGCAGACUUAGUGGCUCUGUCCCCCGGGGCAGCAGCAAGGAUCUGCCUGCUGCCCUGCAGCCAACCAAGGAAUUGGACCUUUCUGGAAAUUACUGAAGAUCCGGAUAUUUUCUACUUUACACCUUUCUCUGCCUUGUAUCUGAAAGGGCUCUAAAAUGCUGUAUCAUGUUUUAGGCACUUUCUUCAUUUUUUGGUUAUUUUGGUUAUUUCUUUUUUUGGGGGGUGGGUAAUCCUCCCGCCCAAAUAUUUGAACCUGGCUAUUUGUUGUGUAUCUUUUUUUGAAGCCUUCAGAUAGAAUAAGCCUGCCAUUUCUUGCACAAAUUGAAUUUUUUUUUUGGUGGGGGCGGGCAUAGAGCCGGAUGGGGGGAAUGGGACCGUUCGGUUGAAUUAACAAGACAAAAUGAUACAGUGCCAGAUCUCAGUUUUGCAUAUUGUUUUUUCAGGGCAGGUCUGUACUGUGUGUAGUGCUGUUUACAUGGUUGAAUUUAGGUUAUGAUAAUUAUUUUUUUUAAAGAUUUACACAGAUUGGAGUAGCAGUGUUAACUGUUAACCACAUUGCAUUAACUCCCAGACAAGAUCAGAGCUCUUGGGGAGCGGAGCGUUUGUGGAGCCUGGUGACAACUCCCCCUGUAAGCGCAUUUAUCCAAAACCUUCAUUGCCCUCACUUCUUGCUCAUUCCUUCUUGUAACCUAUUGCAUUUCGUGUUGAGUUUAUCCAUGAACAUGCUGCACCUGUCAGUCAAGUGAGCAGUGUUUUGGGUUAUUUUUUAAUUUUAAUUAUUUUUGGAUGGCGGGGGAGGGGGUACACAAUGUACUGAGAACCACUUAAGCAUUGAAUACAGAGAAAGCAGUGCUACCUCAGUUUUGCUGGAAGUAGACUUCUUUGAUAGUUUUCUUUCAUUGAUGAAGUUUCUGUAUUUUCAUGUUGUUAAGUGGAAAUACUUUUUUUUUUUUUUUUUUUUUUCCUUGGAGCCAAAGUUUCUGUUCCUGGUGGUCGGAAUAUGGUGCCUGCCGGCCAGCUAACUUGAAGGAAAACUGUGGUAUGGAGCUCUGCUUGAAUUAUUUUCUCCUUAAUUUUCUUUUCUUUAUGUCUCAUUAGCUUACUUGUCUGGCAAGUGCAGAAGCCCGAGGCUGGCCUGGACUCUG